CGAACAUCAGACGAUGGACCAGGCUGUGUUCCUAACCGUGGUAGACACUCUGUCUGCUAACUUCAGUACGCGAGCAGAAGCUAAAUUGCGGCUUAAGGAAUUGGAGCUAAAACCAGAUUAUCCGUUGAGUCUGGUAAAGCUGGUAUUGACGCGGGAUUGUGACAUAUCCCUGCGUCAAUCUGCUGCAACACUACUGGAAGCUAUCGUCGAUUCACAAUGGUCGGUCAAGGACGCUGCAUCCCAUAGUUCUGAGCCGCCUGCAGAAAUAAAGACUGUUUUUCAUGAUUUAGUGCUUACUGGGCUUUCAGACCCCAUAGCUGUUAUCCGCACAUCUUGCGCUAAUAUCAUAUGCAAGAUUGCCCAUUCUGAUUGGCCUGAUUGUUGGACAGAUCUACUGGAUAUCCUGGCCCAAAUUUUGAAAAGCGGGACAGCAGAAGGAGUCGAUGGAUCAAUGCAAGUCCUGACUGAGUUUUUCAGCAAGGAUGUCACGCAUGCACAGAUGCCAGCAAUCGCUUCUAUGUUAUUUCCUGAGCUCUUUAGAGUGUUAAUAUCCGAUCGGAUGUAUUCCUUCGUUAUCAGGUCACAAUGCGUUUUGUUUUUUCGAAAUGCCAUUGAAAUGCUUCACACUCUCAAAUCGGAAUAUCCAGAAGCUGUUACAACAUUUCUUACCCCUAUUUUUGGCCAGUGGAAUGAUGCUUUUCUUAAUAUUUUGAACAUACGCACAACAAAUAUUUCUGAAGUCGAAGAUGCAGAGUGGAGCCUAAAAACCGAAAUUCUCAAAUCUAUGAACAUUGCUAUUCAAGGGUUUCCGAAAUUGACAUUAUCAUACACUCUCCCAGUCCUUUCAGUGGUUUGGCAGGAUCUAGUUAUUCUACGUGCAGGAUACUUUCAGGAGCAUACAGCUAGCAGUAUUAAUCAGGACAGACAGCCAAUUGAGAACAUAAAUGAAAAGGCUACAGUCUUUACGAUUUAUCUGCGAGCACAACUUGACUUCCUGCAAAUGAUAUGCAGGAGGCGCAAACAGGCACUUGUUGGCCAGAAUAGGGUGCUGGAGAUCAUUCACAGGCUUGUACAGAGCAUCCUACCAUAUACUCAGAUGACAGAUAAGCAAAUUGAGGGCUGGCACGCAGAUCCCAACAAGUUCAUCUCAGAUGAGGACGAUGAUAGCUCCCUUAGCAGUAUUCGUUUUACUGCAAAAGAGACACUAUCAGCUAUAGUUGGAUGCCUUAAAGAUCAAGCAAUUCAGGCGUUAAGCAUGAGCAUUAAUGAGGGGAUUGAAAGGACUCUUCAGGAGCGGGCAGCGGGUGAUCCAAACUGGUGGAAAUUGCAGGAAGCAUGCCUUUUAGCCACAGGACUGAUAUCUGAGGAGCUAUGCAGUAAAGCAACAGCGGGCGAGUUUACUACUGUUGAUACUGGAAAGCUGUUCGAACAUAUUAUCAUGAGUAAUCUCUAUGCGCAUGAUUACCCUUUCCUGCAAGGACGAUCAUUUGUACUCGCCUCUCAGUUUUCCUCCAUUACACCGACUUCUUUGAUCCCACAAUGUGUAUCAGCUACCGUAGGAGCUAUUCUAAACACACCUUCUGCCAUUGUUAAAGUUUCUGCUCUUAAGACUCUCAACAACUUUUACAUUCAUUUGGAUAAAAACUACGUUCUACCGUACCAACGAUCUAUCAUUCAAGGAAUUACGCCUCUUAUUGAAAUAACAACUAAAGAUGUCCUCAGUUUAGUCAUCCGUACCUUAACCACGACCUGCAAGCUAGAAACUACAGUCACAGCUGAGUUUGAGACUCUUCUUGGACCACUUGCUCUUGAAGUGUGGUCUAAGUACUCAGUGGACAAUAUAUCGACAGGCACUAUGUUAUCUUCAGAUGUGAAAGACUUACUCGAUGUACUUGCCGCUAACCCAUAUAUUAAUUCUGCUCUCAUCGCAAGAGCACUGCCAGUGCUUACAGAGAUAGUCUCUGUUCACAACCCUGAAAAAGAUUUGAUCAAGUCAGCCAUUGAUCUCUUGAGUCGGUUUGUUCAAGGGAGCCCAUCACCUCUGAUGCCAGGUUUUGUUGCCCAAUUCUUCGGAAAUUUAAUGUCUGUACUAUUAAUCAGCGAUGACAGUCGCAUCCUCCAGAGCGGGCAGGAAUGUUUAAUACAAAUCAUACAAAAGGAUGUCCAUCAGAUAGCCAAUUGGUGUGACUCGGACAGUGAAUCAACUGGUCUCAACCUUUUGAUGAAAUUCAUUGCAAGGCUCCUGAACCCAUCCCAAGACGAGCCAGGGGCUAUACUUGUAGGCGAAUUGAUUUCUAAACUGAUCAAGAAUGGUGGUAAUAUGAUAUCCCCCAUCCUGCCCGAAAUGUUGAAUGCUGUGGCAUUUCGACUGGCUAGUGCCAGGGUACCCUUAUUCAUUCAGUCCUUGGUGAUGGUAUUUGCCUAUCUAUUCUUGGACCAACAGGGAGCACAGAUUGAUUUUCUGAGCGCAAUGACCAUCGAUGGACGUACUGGCUUAGAUGUCGUCUUGACUAGUUGGCUCUUAAAUCAUGUCGACUUCCAAGGCGUCUACUAUCAAAAGCUUAGCACCGUUGCCUUGACGAAAGCUUUCAUCGCGGCUGAUCCUCGCAUGUUGGCUAUUCAUGUCAAGGGUGAUAUGAUCGUUACGAAUUCGUCUCGCCGAAUGACGCGGUCGAAAGCAAAGACUGCUCCUACACAAUAUGCCAUGAUCACUGCCCCUGUUAAAAUUGUUAAGUUGCUCAUAGCGGACUUGACAAUCAAGAUUGAAGACGAGACACUAGAUGAUAUUGUGGACGACAAGAACGGUUAUGCCGAGCAUGAUGAAGAUGAUGGUGAAGAAGAUGAUGAUGAUGAAGGCAAUAUUGAGAGAGAGAGAAAAGAUGAACUCGGAAUUGAAAACAGUUUAAUCAAACAGCGCGUCAAAGGGGAUGGUGUAGUAUUUCUUUCAGAUCAGCUGCCUCGAAGAUUCUUCGACACUGAUAAAGAUGAUGGAUAUAGUGAGGAGCCCGACUUGAAGGCAGACCUGAUAUUCCAAUUGAACUUGAAAGAGUUCCUCAUUGAGUUCUUCCGGCAACAGGCAAACUCUCCUUUGCUCAAGCAAUGUGUUCAAGAUCUAAACGAUAAUGAGAGGCAGACACUCUUCAACCUUUUGAAUUAGUGGAAAAAAGCUACAGGAGCGUCGACAACCUUUCUAUUGAUGGAAGUCCCCGAAAAGAUGGCUGCUAU